AUGUACCUAACUACCAUAAUUAAUUUUUUAGAUCAAGAUGAAAAUGCAAUUAUUUUAGAACAGGAAGCCAUAUCAACAUAUACAACAUUGCCUGGUGUUCGACUAAAGUCUUUAGUCUAUAUGGAUAAUUUAGGCUAUAGAUAUUACAAAAAUAACAGUCGUAAUAAUAAAAUUUAUUUGGUAUGUGAAAACCAAAAAAAUCGAACUGAAUUCUGUCCAACCACUGCAAUUAUAAGUGUGGACAUGAAAGAAAAUUGGAUUAGGACUAAUAGGAACCAUAACCAUUAUCCACCAGUAGUUGAUAUUCCAAUGGUCCAUUUAAGGAGAAGUAUUGGAUUGGCAGGAACAAGUACUGGAAGAACAUCAAAUUCAAUAAGAAAUAUUUAUAACAAUGAAAUAAUUGCAAAUCCAGAUGGUGCAAGGAAUUAUACAUUUCUCCAAUCACAAGCAAGUGUACAAAGAAUGCGUCAUUGUCGACGUCCACCAAACCCAGACACUAUUGAAGAUUUGGCAGGUAUUCUGAAUGAACAUAUGGCAUAUGCAUCAACCUUGCAGCAUCCGCCUUCAAGGUUUUUUCAACAACUAUUUGAAGCUGAGGGAGAAACUGUUGGAUUAGUAUUUUUUAAUUUAGAUGCCAUCGAAAAGUAUAGAAAUGAGCUUUUAUCUGUCAGAGUUGCAGGAAUUGAUGGAACCUUUAAAACAGUACCAAAAUGUCCUUCUCAGCUUACUAAUGGUUGCCUUCUGACCUUUCAUGUACUUUUUCAUAAUGUUUCUUUUCCAAUGGUAUAUGCUCUCACAUCGAAAAUGACGCAAGCAACAUAUGAAUCGUUCUUCCAUAUUGUUUUGAGAAUUUUGCCAUUGAAUUAUGCUCAACUGACUAUAGUUACAGACUAUGAAAGAGGCUUGAUGAAUGCUGUGAGAAGCAUUUUUAAUGAAAGCAAUCUGCAAGGUUGUUGGUUUCAUUUCUGCCAAGCUGUUAUUCGAUACUGCCGAAGAACCUUAAAUAGUGUUUUUCACUUAUUUCAAAAUAGCCCAGAAGCCAAUCGAGUAUUAAGAAUGGUAUUGGCAUUGCCUCAUCUCCCAGCAGAAGUACACCCUGAGUGUCAAUUCACUAUGGCCGAAGGGUUUAAUACCAUAAUUGAGUAUGCCAAUGGUAUUGAAGAAAUAUCAGAACGAUUACAAGGUUUUUUAAUUGGGUAUAUUCAACAGUUUUGGUUUAAUCAAAUAGGUGCCUCAUGUAUAAGUGUUUUUGGGUCAGAUAUUCGUACAAAUAAUUAUCUAGAAUCUUUCCAUUCCACAUUGCUGUCACAACUUGGAAGGCACCCCAAUAUCUGGGAUUAUAUGCCAAGAUUGUUGUCUAUUGAAAACCAGUAUUACAUAGAAAUGGGCCAAGCUAGGAGAAAUUUAACCAUUAGAAACAAUACAACACGGGUCCGACGAGCUGAAACUUCUUCUAAUAUAAGACACUAUCUUCAGUUAUUAAAUGAAGAACAAGAUAUUUUGAUGUUUCUAAGAAGAGCAGGUCAUACUAUGGACGGAUAUAAUGAAAGACAGCUUGGUCCUCGACCAUUGGAACCAUAA